CUUCAUUUCGACCUUGCACCAUCACAACAAUCAUGUCGUACGAUCUAGAAUCCGGGCGUGGCGGCGCCGGCUAUAGCGAUGACCCUGCUUUCCAGGAACUCCAAUACGACCUCAAGAGCAAGCUUCAAAACCUCCUCAGCAGCAAUCGAAAACUCGCCAACGAUGUUAAUGUGCUCGGCACACGUAAGGAUACCCCGCGCCUGCGGGAGCGAGUGCACAAUAGCAUGGAUAAGACGAGGGAUAUGUGCAGAGAGAUUGGUGAGGGCGUUAAGCGCCUUCAAACUUGGGAAGAAUUGACGAAACAACAAAAGUACGAGCAAACAAAGGUCUCGAGCGAUUUCCAAGCAGCUCUCCAAGAAUUCCAAAGCCUCCAGCGAAAAGCCCUAGAGAAGGAGCGCGCAUCCGUUACCGCCGCCCGUGCCGCCCAGGAGGGUGAACCCGCCGAAGGUCCCCAGUCCGGCAACCAGCUUGAGCAGCUACAGCAACAAGAACAAGUCUCGCAGCUUGCGCCUCAAGACGAAGUCGACUUCCAGGAAGCUCUCAUUAUCGAGCGCGAGGAGGAGAUCCGCAACAUUGAGCAGGGUGUAGGCGAUUUGAACGUUCUCUUCCGACAGGUGGCGCAAAUCGUCAACGAGCAGGGAGAGCAGCUUGGGACGAUCGCAGACAAUGUUGAGAACGUCCGGGACGACACGCGGCAAGCUGAUGUUGAGAACCGACAGGCCGCGCGGUAUCAGAAGGCAGCCCGUAACAAGAGCUGCUGCCUGUUGCUGAUCCUAGCCGUUAUUUUGACCAUUGUUAUUCUGGCUAUUGUCCUUGACUAGAUUCUUAGAGCGCAGCGUUUGACGACUACGGGUGGCCUAUUCUUGUUCUUGAGGCGUCUAUCGGAGUUUUCUAGGUGCCUAUACAUCAAAUUUUCCCCACGAGUCUACAUUGAUAGUUACAUAUGAACGCCUAAUCAAUUGUUCUUUUUGUCAGAUGUCUUUGCAAUCCGUGAUUGGUCUUUGAGCACGAAAGGGAAUUCUUUCGACGGUUGAGGUGCCCUCAAAUCUGGCGUCUUUGGUGGAACAAGGCGUUGAAUAAAGAAGUCGUUGAGGCGGGUAAGCGCAAAUGAUGUACCCCAGUAAAGGAAGAUAGCGCUUGGUAAAUCGGCAAAAAGGAGUGGCAGCAGAGGCAUCAUAAGCAUGACACGGCCCAGAAGUUGUUGUAGCCUAGAGGUGACCAUCAUCUUUGAGUCUGAGGGCUGAAUUCGCAAUAGUGCCUGGAUUUGUUCCUUGGGCAUCCUCGCCCAUAUACUCCAGACCAGAAUACCCGAACAGAUGAUAGGAAGUCCGUAAUAAGGAUCCGCAGAUGCUAGAUCGGUGAACCAGAAUAAGCCUCCGUCCACCAAGGACUGGUCAAACAUGCUGCUCGAGGGUCCGAGACCAGUAUUGCCCAGGCCAAUCUUGUGACUGAUCCACCCAAGGGGUGCACCGCAUUUCCUUCGUAGAGCCUCGGAUAUGGUGACAAAGGGAACCAUUCCGAG